GACUACACCUUGACCAUGUACUUCCAACAAGCGUGGCGGGACAAGCGCCUCUCGUACUCAGAGAUCGCCUACAACCUGACGCUGGACAAUCGGGUAGCCGACCAGCUGUGGGUCCCCGACACCUACUUCCUCAAUGAUAAGAAGUCCUUCGUUCAUGGCGUCACGGUCAAGAACAGGAUGAUCCGUCUCCACCCGGAUGGGACAGUGCUCUACGGUCUCCGCAUCACUACAACUGCUGCCUGCAUGAUGGACCUGCGCCGCUACCCUCUAGAUGAGCAAAACUGCACUCUGGAGAUAGAAAGCUAUGGAUACACCACUGACGACAUUGAGUUUUACUGGAGAGGCGGGGACGGCGCAGUGUCUGGGGUCGACAGAAUAGAGCUGCCACAAUUCUCCAUUGUCGACUACAAGCUCAUCUCCAAGAACGUUGUCUUUUCGACAGGUUCCUACCCCCGCCUGUCUCUCAGCUUCAAACUGAAGAGGAACAUCGGUUACUUCAUCCUGCAGACAUACAUGCCUUCCAUCCUGAUUACCAUCCUCUCCUGGGUCUCCUUCUGGAUCAACUAUGAUGCAUCUGCUGCCAGAGUGGCCCUGGGGAUCACUACGGUGCUGACCAUGACCACCAUCAACACUCACCUGCGGGAAACGCUGCCCAAGAUCCCCUACGUGAAGGCCAUCGACAUGUACCUGAUGGGUUGCUUUGUGUUCGUCUUCCUGGCCCUGCUGGAGUACGCUUUCGUCAACUACAUCUUCUUCGGCCAGGGUCCCCAGCGGCAGAAGAAGGCCGCAGAGAAAGCCGCCACGGCCAACAACGAGAAGCUGAGACCCGACCCCAACAAGUGGCUGGUGGGAAAUGUAGUUCAAAGAGAUGAUGCUCUGUAUGCCAGAAUGAAACAGAGGGAAAUUGACGCAUAUGACUCGAUGUGGGAUCCCAUCUUUGUGGACGAUGCCGCAUUAGGACUAGGCGAUCAAAGAAAUAAGAUGACCCCCGACGACAACAUCCUGUUCAGCGCCAUGGAGAUGAAGAACGAGAUGGGCGGUGCCGGGGAUCUGUCCCGGGGCCUGGGAGCCCCCACGGAUCCCCGCAACACCAUGCUGGCCUACGACAGCUCCACGCUGCAGUACCGCCGGGCGGCCAUGGCCAGGCAGAACUAUGGCCACAGUGCCUUGGAGCGCCACGCCCAGAAGAAGUCCCGCCUACGGAGACGGGCCUCGCAGCUCAAGGUGAACAUCCCAGACCUGUCCGACGUGAACUCUAUCGACAAGUGGUCCAGGAUGAUCUUCCCCACCGUCUUCUCCUUCUUCAACGUGGUCUACUGGCUCUACUACGUCCAUUAAACCCAGGAGAGUCUGGAGGCGGGCUUUCGGCCCGACGAGUGACGAAGAAGAAUUAGCGUGAAGGAAUCAAGAAAGAUAAAGUGAUGCGUGUGAGAGAGAGAGAGAGAGAGAGAGAAUGUGAGAUGAAAACCGUGUGCUGACUUUUUUAGAGCUGGUUUGUUUCAGACGACGCGAGGAGAACACAAAGACUUUUUUCGCAGCGGCACCCACUUCAGUCAGCAGUGACUCUUUUAGGAUUUGGGAAACACCUUCAAGUGACUGACGAGCACUCGAAUAAAAAAAAAAGAGUGAAUAAAAAAAAAAAAAAAAAAGAAAGACAGAAACGGUGCCUGUUCCAGAAUUUCAAUAUAUCACUAAUAAUUGUCAUUCGUAGCUUACUAUCUCUCUGUGGAUCAAAAUAUUUAUGCUUGUGUUUGCAUAUACUUUAAGGAUUUCUUUUGUUUAGUAUCUAUUUACUUCGUAGCCGAGCUGUCUGCAUCCAGGAAAAGCUUUAUAAAUGAUUUAAAAGGAGGUCAUCCUUGAUAGUCUAUUUUCCUAUAUUUAAUGUAUAUCAGAAACAUCCUUUUAAAAGAAAGCAUGCUUAUGUUUGGUUUCAUUUUCAUCGCAACCAUGAUGAGGAAUGACAGUAUUUCACUUGUACUAGCUGAGGGUUUAUUGCAAUUAACGUCCGCAGGUGUUGCUUAGCGCAGUCCACCCGGAUUUCCACGGGUGAACUGCAGGGGGCAGUGUUAUCCCCGGAGCUUUAAUGAUCAAAAAGAAAGAGCAGAUCUGUGGACGCUGAUGCUUUUGCUGAGGUUUUGUUUUGCUUUUUCGGCUGUGCUGACAGAAUCCCUAACAUUUACCCGUGAGGCUUUCUUUUUUUAUUUUUCUUUAAAAACGUUUAACCGAGUUCUUUUUCUCCACCAUGCAGAGAAUGGCUUUAAUUCAACGCGAGCUGGCGUAAAGAACUUUCCCCUUGACGGGCCAAGCUUCGUCGCUGCAUAAAUAUGGCAAUCCACAAUCAUCGUAACGAGUAGGAACUGAAUGAUAAGAGUAGGAUGCAUUUCAUUGUGGUUAGGUUUCUGUUUCCAGAAAAGGAAAAAUAAUUAUUUGAAGAAGAAAAAAAAAAUACUGUAGAUAACAUAUUUAAUGAAAAAGAGAUAAUUCAUUUUUAUAAAUCAAUACUGACUUUAUCGUGUAAAUACUAUGAAUUUAUUCUAUUUAAAUGGGUCUUUGUUGUUGUUUUCUGCAGUUGAAUUACAGCUCAAAUGUUCCAUUUAGUCAAAAAGAAAAAGAAAGGAGAAAAAAAUCUCAGCUUAAGAAGAAAUAAGACACAAAUCACAACUUUGCUGACUAUACUUUUGGGACUUUUCUCUCUUUCUCUCUAUUUCUCUCUCUCUCUAUCUCUCUCUCUUUCUUUCUCUCUCUCUCUCUCUUGUUUGUUCUUUCCAUUUCUUUUUAAUGGACUCUGAAAGCAUCUACUUGCUGAAACUAAAGCACUUCCAGACACCACUGACUUUUGGGUCAAUGUCUCACUCUCCUGAAACGACAUAACCGGGACCCCUCCCCCUUACUAUCCAGGCAUUGAAGUCAGGCAUAUUUUGUACAAAGUUUCUGUAAAUUCUAAUUGUAAUAUUUCAUAAUGACUGUAAAUAUCUUGUGUAAUAACUGUCAGCAAUUAUGAAGAUGUAUCUAAAUUCAAUUAAAACUCAGUUCAGUCUAUCACUUCAA